CUACGUCGAGUUCGUAGCCGAGCCACCUUGCCUAUCUUUUUGCUUCCUGAAGACCUUGUGAGUUACCUCUACCUAAUUCAUGUUCUUUGUCCCGAGUCUGCCAUCUGCCCUUGCUCCCUGCAAACCAGUGCUCACCUCUUGCGGCCCACCGACAACACGGACUCCUGUCCUGCCGGACCGGUCCUCGUUGGAACCCUGCCAAUCCCGGAUUUAGUUCUCGGAGUUCCUUUGUUCGCUUCCGAGCUGCAAUAAACCGUUAUUCACAAACUCGCCUCCCUGUCCUCGCUGCAUCUGGGUCCAACUUUCAACCUGAAUCCUGACAGCUCCUGAUAUGGAUGGAUGGAUGGAUGGAUGGAUGGAUUUAAGGCCAUAUAAAACAAUUGCUUCUUGCACGAGGGCAGUUGGUGUUCGAGAGGAGGAUGCAGGAGAUAGGCUUACGCUACAUGGAAAAGGAUGACAUGCUGUGGCGACCCCUAACGGGACAAGCCCAAAGGAAAAGAAGACGACGAAGAAGCUUAGUUGCGUGAGGAAAGCUGUUUUCGAACUGUCCCAGAAGGCAACAUCAUAGAUAGAUAGAUACUGUAUUCAUCGUGUAAGAGAAAUUAAAUUUACUAGCUUAAUAACAAACUUUUUAAACCCUCUCCACAUGAGCCUUGUUAUCACGAACAGGGGCGGUUUCUGAUUUGGGAUGUAAUGGGCAGCUGUAUGCGUUCCGUUACUCACCAAGUCUAUCUACACUACAUAGUGCACUGUAUUAUUAUUAUUAUUACUACACAUUAUGUCUUUCCAUCGCAAACCCAACCACUCGCCUCAUUUACGCCUUCGACUGGACUGCACCAUUUGAUCGAAGCUCUUGUUUUACAACUCGACGACCGCGUGAGCAUGAGGGAUUAGGACUGGACCUGUCCCCAUCUGAGUUGGGCUCCCGCGCAUGCGCACACGCAGAACACCGACACCAUCCCCCGCACCUCCCACUCGACGCUGUCUUCACACUAAUCCGCGGAUGUCAGUGCGGCGUCAUGGCGGACAUCAAGACGGGAAUCUUCGCCAAAAAUGUGCAGAAAAGGCUGAACAGAGCGCAGGAGAAGGUGCUGCAGAAGCUAGGAAAAGCAGACGAGACCAAAGAUGAACAGUUUGAACAAGUUGUCAUCAACUUCAGGAGACAAGAGUGUGAAGGUUCGCGGCUGCAGAGGGAGAUGAAGGCCUACAUGUCUGCUAUUAAAGGGAUGCAGCAGGCCUCCAUCAACUUGACUCAGUCGCUCCAUGAGGUCUACGAGCCAGACUGGCAUGGAAAAGAUGAUGUCAUGACCAUCGGGAAGGACUGUGAUGCAUUGUGGGAAAACUUUCACAAUAAGCUGGUGGACUCGACACUGCUGAAUCUGGACGCAUACUUGCUACAGUUUCCUGACCUGAAGACUCGUGUGGCCAAAAGGAGCCGAAAACUCAUUGACUACGACAGCGCUCGUCAUCACGUUGAAACUCUGCAGACGACCGGGAUGAAAAAUGACCGCAAGAUUCUCAAGGCUGAUGAGGAGCUCAGAAAGGCCCAGAGAGUGUUCGAUGAGCUCAACGCUGGUCUGCAGGAUGAACUUCCAACUCUUUGGGACAGUCGAGUUGGAUUCUACAUCAGCACUUUCAAGAGCGUGACGAGUCUGGAGGCCAGAUUUCACCGCGAGAUUUAUCUGGUGUGUAAGCAGCUGUAUGAAGUGAUGAUGCAACUUAGCGAACAACACGCUGACAAAAUGUUCACCAUCCAAGGAGCACCAAGUGAUUCGGGCCCGCUGCGGCUCGCUCGGACGCCGUCUCCGCCAGAAGACGAAAGUCCACCCGAGAGUCCGGACGCCGGUUCCAAUCACAUGCUCCGCCCGGUCUCUCCUGGACCUCCACGUCCCAAAUCUCCAAUGCAGAUGAAAAAGGGACCCCCAGUGCCUCCGCCCCCCAAAGUCACACCUUCCACGGAGGUGGUGGAGGAGCAAAUCAUUGAUCUGUUUGGAGGAGAGUUUUUACCGGCACCGUCACCAUUGCAGCCCAACGAGAGGCCGGGAGAAUCUCUCCUCGAUAUGGAUUUCGACGCCUUCCAGCCAGAUGAAAGUGUGUCGCCAGUACCGCAGACUGUUGUACCUUGGGAUACGUGGUCGGCACAGUCAGCCCAGACCGCUUCAGAAAGCGGCUUUGUCGCCGAUUGGUCAGCUGACUUUAGUUCAGCGGCCAGCGACGGAGAGGCUGCCGCAGGGGAGGCCGCUACGGGAGCUCCAGAAGUGACAGAGCAAGGGGAUCAAGGAGGCGAAGAAGAUAGAGCCACGUCACCUCCUCCUCUACCUCCUUCUGCCAAGGACAGUGAGGCAGCGGAGGAUGAGGUUAGCAGCCGGGAUGACCUGUCUGAAACGCACCCCAACCUUCUCUAUGCUGCUGAAUUGGAAACGGGGCAGGCAGAGUCUGAGGGAAAUAAGCCAGGGGAGGGAGGUCACAGCAAGUCCACCCCUGGGCUCCUGUUUACCGAUGAGUUUGGUAAAGAGAUUGAGGACAGCUCCAAAUGCAUGACGGAGAAGUGGUCCAGGUCUCCCGAGGGCUCGGCAUCAGAAUACGAAACCGCAGAAGAAUGGGCCGAUGGGGUUCAGUGGGCCGAUGGGGUUCAGUGUGGGGGCUGGGCAAGUGCAGACGACGAACCUUCACGUGAAUAUCACCCUGAUGCUAAAAACGCAGAGUCGCUGCCGGAUAUCACAGGAAGUAGAAGUGGUGCUCAAGCAGACAAAAGUCUGAAUGAUGAGGAAAACCCAGCAGAUGUCAUGUCGGGAAAUGCUGGAAGUAGGGAUAUACCAACCUGGUCUGAAAGACAGGAGGGAGGUGUGUUUGACAGUGAUCCUUUUACAGAAACACAGGGAGCAAGCAAGUUUCGCAACAAUCGUUUGGCAGAAACACAGGAAGGAGUUGCGUUUGAGUCUGAUGCUUUUACCGAAACACAAGGAGGAGGUGCGUUUGAUUCAGACCCUUUUGCUGAAACACAGGCCGGAGGAGCGUUACAAUCGGAUCCUUUUGCCGAAAGGCAGGAAGAAGGAGCCUCAGAGUUAGAUUCUUUUGCUGACAUUCAGGGGGGAGGUGCGUUUGAUUCAGACCCUUUUGCUGAAACACUGGGCAGAGGUGUGUUUGACUCUGACCCUUUUGCUGAGACACAGGCAGGAGGAGCAUUAGAUUCAGAUCCUUUCAACAAAACACACGAUGGAGGAGCAUUUGAUUCAGAUCCUUUUGCCAACAUUCAGGGAGGAGCUGUGUUUGAUUCUGACCCUUUUGCUGAAACAAUGGGCAGUAGUGUGUUUGAUUCAGAACCUUUUGCUGAAACACAUGAUAGAGGUCCAUUUGAAUGUGUUCCUUUUGGCGAGACUCAGGUUGGAGAUAAGGCAGAUUGUGUGAGGUUAGAAGCCAGUUUAAAGGCGAAGUGUUUUGUGGUCUCUGGAGGCCGAGGAAGCAGUUGGGAACCUUUUGCAAACAGUCUAUGUACGGCAUCGUCAGAUGCUGUGGUUGAUAUCAACGUGUUCAGGAAGCAAGUUGGCAAGAGCAGCUGCUUUGACUUUCCUAAUGAACACAGAAGCUCAACCACGGAAGUGCAAGAUGUAAAUCUUCCCCAAGUCUGCAAGGAACCAGAAAGUUCCGACAUCUCCGAAGAUGAGGCUGCAAACCUGAGAUUUGGAAAAAUGUACCAAGCUGUAGCUAAAGAAAAGGAAGAGGAUGCCCCUUGCCCAUCAUUGUUUGCUGAUUUUGAUCAAAUGGCUUCAGAGAUGCCGAAUCCUGCACCUCCUGCUGGUGAAGAACCCCUGCCAGUGCACCCUACUGCUGAAGAAAAUACAGCAGUGAGUUGUGGCUCUCCGCUGGAAGAAAACCCUUCUGAUCUGGAUUCAGUUCCGGUAGAAAAGAAGCAAAGUCCUACGGAUGACAUUUCGGAAACCAUGGCCAUCCCAUCUGUAGUGAUUGAGCCCGCCUCCAGCAACGAAGGUGAUGACGAUCGGGAUGCGGACAUCAUCUCGCCCUCCGCUAUCGGCGACAACGGCGUGGUGGUUGACAAACCCACGAGCUCGUCUCCUGGGGGACUCCCUGGUGACUUCCUGUACAAGGUGGAGACGAUGCAUGACUUUGAGGCAGCAAACAGUGAUGAGCUGGACCUGAAGCAAGGUGAUGUGGUCUUGGUGCUUCCCACUGCCUCAGUGGAGGAUCAGGAAGCAGGCUGGCUGACAGGAUUCAAGCAAAGUGACUGGAUGAUGCUGGGAAUUGGAGCUCAGAAGGGACUUUUCCCAGAAAAUUUUACACAGCGUUUAGAGUGAGAAGACUUCCCACCCACAUGUACACAAAGCGUUCAAAUUCACUGCUGGAGUUUUCCCAGGAUCAACCCUCACGUGAUCUGAUAUGGGAUUGCCCACACACCUACCCCCACCCUGCCCUAUUUCAAGGAAACAAAAUAGGGACCAGUGUUUGUGUGAGCAUGUUCCCAUCUAAAAAAAGGGAUAAAUCAUUUCUGAAGACAAACAAAGUGUAUUGAUUUUUGUCCCCCAAAAGUGUAACACUGUGUUUAAGCACACUCCAGAGUCCCAAAUUCCUUUUUCAGUUACCAUUGAUGUGUUGUGCUCGAUCACAUUCAUUUGUGUGGCUGUGCUCAUAGUUUGUUAGAUCAGUUUAGUGUGGCAACAAGUUGUAACAUUUCAUAGUUAUUGCCCAAAAUAUAUUGUUCAAAAACGCCAUUGUUAUUUAAAUAUGCACAAGUAAUGUGGAAAUGAAAUAGUAUUUUAAAAGAGUAAACAUUCAUCUGAUUUCAAUGGAGGAAUGAAAUAUGAAGAUAAAUGAAUAUAUGAAUAUUCAACAUAUGGAUAAAAGGAUAUGUGUUAUUAGAUAGUGAGAUGAUAUUACUGUAUUGUAUUGUCAAAAUAAAGCUCUUUCCAGAAGGUU